AUGACGAAACCACAUCAGAAACGGAGAGAUUUGGCGGAGUCGGGACACAGUCUUGUUGGAUGCUGCAGACAGCAGGUAUCUCCUUACCUCAAGACCUCCAUUGACCUCACAAUAUCCAUCUAUCACAACGCAAUUGGCCAACGGGAAACCGCGAACCAACCUCAGCAAAGAUUCGGGACUCGGAAGAAAGGACGGCGGUUAUGGCAAUACGUUCCGCCUUUCGUCUGCUCAAAACACCACUCAGCUGAGCAAGGCGAGAGGUACUGUACUUUGGUGCAAUCGAUGGACUCGAGAAUUUUCCCCCGAUCUUCGCCGUCAAUUCACUACUGUUUAGCCAAACUCGAGCGCGGUCUGCUAUUUUCAAAGUCUAAUAUCGACCUGUGGAUGAGGAUCGAUUUGAUGAACUUCGACACUCUACAUCGCAUUCAGCGUUCACCGCACAAUUCCAGGCAUACUCACCUCUCCUUAGCCACCUCUCCUCAAUUUUAUCAAAGUAACAUACAUCUCCGCCACUCUAAAAAUCUGCUCCUUCAUAAGAAUCAUCGCUACCCGGGCCCUUGCCCUCUCAACCUGCAUCCACUGCCUGAACUUGAUCUUGCCCGCCUUCUUCAAGAAACGCCUAGCCUCCGUGAGAAGGGCUCGCCAUUCAUCAAUACUUGUUUGAAGCUCACCUUGACGUUGGGGGUUUUGCACACUGUGCCAGUAGCGGAACUGGAGGUCAAGUUUAAAAUGGUGCAUGUAGUAAAUCUGCACGUGGAGUUUAUCCCCCAGUUGGCGUAUCGUCGUUUUUAUCAAUAG